ACGAUAGGGAACGGAAACGCAAGUGAAUCAUUUUUUUUUUGUUUUAUUGAUUUACAUUUUACGCUCUUGAGACUUUAAUUUCGGUAAUUCACAAGAAAUGGACAACAAAGAAACCGACGUUGUCCGCACGGAACCUAAAUUGAGAUACGCUGACCCGCCAUUAGUGCAUCGGGGUCCUACGAGUAUAUUGGCGCCCAAUUUCGGAGAAUCCUAUGAUCUGUCUCCAAAUCGUCAACCGAUUUUUACGACAAAUUCCUCGAGAUCUGGCGGCACAAAUGUUCUUGGAGGAGCUCAAAUCUUACCGUAUUCGGGUCUGGAUUACUUGACAGGAAUUCCUUCGGUGCAUUUUCAUCAAGCCUAUGAAUUAAAUGAAUCCUUGAACGCCGUUUCAUCAGAAAGUCGCUUCACGAUUCGUGGUCCAUCGAACGAAGCUCUUUUUGUCGCUUUAGAACGUUCUUCAUCCAAAGAUCGGUUGCUUUGGGGAUCCUCUCGUCCCUUUGACAUGCAUUUACUGGACAAGACCCAUCAGGAAUCCCUCAUUUUUGAACGUCGUCAUGAAUGUGCCUUCGUUUGUUGCUGCUGCCGAAGCGAACAUAUGUUCAUAGUUAAACCGCCCGGGGACAUCAUUGGCUUCAUCGAGGAGGAAUUUUCUCUCUUGAGUACUGAGCUAAGUUUGAGAAAUUCUGCUGGAGAAGCUCUCUAUCGCAUCUCGGUGCCAAAAUAUCACAAAUUUUACAUGCCCAAAGAGCAUUUCUUUAAAGUUAUGGAUGGCGAUAAUUUGACUCAAAAAGGGUCAAUUGCUCGCAAAUGGAAUCCUGAUACGAAUUUGUACACGACAAAUGUGUAUUUUACCGAUCCGGAUCUCAAUGUGAGGCUUAAGAGCUUGUAUAUUGGAGCAGCGUUUUUAUUGGAAUACAUGUACUUUCAGUCUUAUUUGGCACGAUGUUAAAAUAAAAUUUCAUGAUUUUUUGUUACUAAAAAAGUAUUUUUUGAAAAUUAA